CACGUGUAUUUGAUGGUGAACAAUAUAACUCCGCGGAGGCAGGCUCAAAAGAAAAACCUCGCGCCACUCCAGCAAAUUCCCCACAUACAUCCCAAAGGGCACUCCACCAGUAAAACAAAUGCAACAAUCAACCCCCAGUCCCUCAGCCGCCAUGCAAUCAACAAGCAACGACUGCGUCGCCAGUCGAAACCCCACCAUAAAACAAACAACCGCCCGAACCCAUAUGCUACCUUGUGGCAGGGUCGGAUGUCCGGUUGUUUUCGUUUACGGUGAUGGCACCGACUGGCCCACGGUCAGUCGCCUGAUCAACGGCCACUCGCCCGUCUGCAAGGGCGGGUUCUACGGGCUCAACCAUGCACCUCCCCGUUCCGACAAACACGACGCACAACAAGGGCUGAGCUCUCCGCAGCUCGCUCCUCGGAUCAUUGCGGGGGGUAGCAAGCGGAGAAAAAAGGAGAAUGAAAGAAAACAAGAGCUCCAGGACGACGAGUACACCGAAGACGUCCAACCCACAUCCGUCACCUGCCGCGGAUGUCAGAAAGCCAUCACCAUUGACAAGCGCUCCAGGUACUACCCUGGACUAUGGGUAAAGCACAGGGGAAAGUGCCCCGGCAUCCGCAAGAUAGAGGUGAGCUAAUUUC